AUGCCGUCGUACAUCAAGUCGGCUGCGCUGCUCGCGGCGGCCCUGCCGUUCGCGGUCGCCCAGACGUACACCUCCUGCAACCCCUUGAAGCAGACAUGCCCUCCCGAUAAUGGCCUCAACAGCGCCGAACUUACCACCGACUUCACCAAAGGCGAGUCGCCCGACUGGAACAUCACCGCCGGAUCCAUCUCGUACGGCCCCAACGGCGCCGAGUUCGUCAUCAACAAGCAGGGCGAUGCCCCGACCAUCGAGACCGGCUUCUACUUCUUCUUCGGCACGGCCGAGGUGAAGAUGCAGGCGGCUCCGGGCACGGGCAUUGUCAGCAGCAUCGUGCUGGAGUCGGAUGAUCUGGAUGAAGUGGACUGGGAAGCUCUGGGCGGCGACACGACCCAGAUCGAGACCAACUACUUUGGCAAAGGAUAUACAGGCUCCUACGACCGCGCGACGUGGGUGUCCGUGUCGUCGCCGCAGACGACCUUCCACACGUACACGGUCAACUGGACGCCCGACAGCAUCCAGUGGCUGAUCGACGGUAACGUGGUGCGCACGCUCACCCCGGCGGAGGCCAGCAACGGCCAGUACUACCCGCAGACGCCGAUGCGCCUGAAGCUGGGCAUCUGGGCUGGCGGCGACCCCAGCAACCCUCCGGGCACGAUCGAAUGGGCUGGUGGCCAGACGGACUACUCACAGGCGCCGUUCAAGAUGUACGUGCAGUCGGUGACCAUCAAGAACGCCAACCCGGCGGCCGAGUAUGAGUAUGGCGACAACAGCGGCUCUGCCAACAGUAUCAAGAAGAUCGGCGGCUCCUCGUCUGCCUCGUCUGCGUCGGCUACGUCUGCCACGUCUGCCACGUCGGCUACAUCGGCCUCUGGCAGCAGCAGCACUGCCAGCGCCAGCGCCAGCAGCAGCACCAGCACGACCGGUGCCAGCGGUAGCAGCAGCGCUGACCCCUCGGCGACUGCGACUGCGACUGCGACUUCGACGGCGACGGCGUCUGCGUCCGCAUCUGGAAGUUCUACUUCUGCAGGCAUCAACCCAGUGUCGGGCCUGGGCGCCGGCAACUCUUCCAGCACCGGCAACUCUACUUCUAGCUCCGGAUCAGGAUCUUCCACGGGCACCAGCUCUGGCUCGGCAAGCAGCCCGUCGAAGAGCGUGGUGACCAGCAACGACGCUGUGCCCAGCACCGGAUUCCCUGGAUCACUGCUGGCUCUGUACGCGUUUUUGGUUGCCGUUGUGGGGGUUGUUUUCUAA